UCGUUUCACAAUGAGAUAUUUCCACGCACAUAUUUAACUAAAAUAAUUUAUGUGGUUAUAAACUCAUAAGACAUAUUUAUUUUGCUCUGACAAAACUUUAAAAAGGAACAUCGAUUAAUAUUAAAUUAUUUCCUAUACUUUUCUAACAUCUGUGAGGUUUUAUACAUACUGUUUCCUAACAAAAAAUGCUGGAAGUAACAUGUAACGACCGAUUAGGAAAGAAAGUCCGUGUAAAGUGUAAUCCUGAUGAUACUGUUGGAGACCUUAAAAAGUUAAUAGCGGCACAAACAGGUACCAGGUAUGAUAAAAUUGUCCUGAAGAAAUGGUACACUGUGUUCAAAGACCAUAUCAGACUCUCAGAUUAUGAAAUUCACGAUGGAAUGAAUUUGGAGCUGUAUUAUCAAUAGGAAACAGAAAAAUUCAAUAGCAUUUCAAGAAGUGUUAUAAUGGCAUGAAUUGAUAGUCAAUUUUGCGAUGUACAUGAUCAACAAAUUUAUAAUAAAAUCAAUAAUGUGGACAAUGUGUCUUAUGGGAAUUUCUCUACGAUAUUAAAAACUAAAAUUAUCAAGA